AUGAAAGUGACUACAGAUAUGUCGGAAGACAUGAAGAGGGAGGCGGAAAACGUGGUCUUACAGGCAAUGGUGAGGUAUGGGGUCGAGAAGGAUAUCGCCGCUUACGUCAAGAAGGAGUUUGACAUGAAAUACUCGCCCAAUUGGCACUGUAUUGUUGGCCGCAAUUUCGGCUCAUUUGUGACCCACGAGUCCAGACAUUUCGCGUACUUUAAUUUCGAUCAUUUGGCUGUACUGUUGUGGAGGGCCGGGUAG